AUGUGCUCAUGUGGGAGAUUGCAAGUUAGGCAGAUCCAUUCACCAUCUGAUUUUCAAAUAUGGAAUGCUCUUAUAGACUUGUAUGCCAAAUGUGAAAAAUUGGCUGAGGCUUGCUUAGUUUUUGAGCAGUUGCCUUGCAAGAGUGUUGUGUUUUGGAAUUCAAUGUUGGAUGGGUUCUGCAGAAGUGGAGAUAUUAAGAAGGCUAGACUCUUCUUCAAUGAGAUUCUUGAGAAGGAUAGUUCAAAUGUUCAGCCGAACAAGAUCACAUUAGCUAGUGUUCUGUCUUCCUGUGCCAGUGUUGCAGCCCUGAAUCAUGGCAUUUGGGUGCAUGUUUACAUAAAAAAGAAUCAUAUUGAGUUGGAUAUUAUGUUGGGAACUGCUUUGAUUGACAUGUACGGAAAGUGUGGAAGCAUUGAAGAAGCCUAUGAGAUAUUCUCAGAUAUGACUGAAAAAAAUGAGUUUGUGUGGACUGCUAUGAUAGCAGCACAUGCCAUGGAAGGGCAAGCCCAGAAAGCUAUUGAUCUCUUCUCAGAAAUGGAAGCUCUAGCAACAAAGCUCUAG